CGGACGUUAAUGCGGUCGAGGGUCGCAAGCAACCGGCGUCCAAUGUUCCAUUCGGUCUCUUUGAAAAUAAAAUGGCAAUAUAGUAAUAAUUGCUCCUUUUCGAGGUCUUUUUAGCAGAGCAAUCUCAGAAAACCCGUCUUCUCAUCAAUCUCCCCGCCCUCGUGCUUGGGAAAAAUCCCAACUUUGCCCUAUGCCGAACUUCCCUCUUUCUUCUUUGACUUGACCCACACGCUACUGCAAUAAUAGCAUUCCCUCCCCCAAUCUCCCCCCCUGCUUUUAAUCCUGCGCCCCUCGUCCCCUGCUAACCUGCUCAGUCUUUAAACUCCUCCAUGGGUGCCGUACACCCCUCUCCAACACGCCACCGCCGCCUCUCCUUGGCCACUGCGCUCGCUCUCCUCUUCUUCGCCACCCUUCUUUCUUCUCCUCCCUCGCUCGGUAGCGGAUUAACGGUUGAAGGCAGGAGGCUGGCAAUCGAAGAAGCGAAUCCGACGCUUGGGUCGUACUCGCUGGAGCGGUUCCCGAGUCGGAGGCGACUCGGUGGGCCGGGAUCAUCGCCUCCCACGUGUCGUUCUAAGUGCGGGAGAUGCUCACCUUGCAAGCCUGUGCACGUGCCGAUACACCCAGGCCAGAGUAUUCCGCUCGAGUAUUAUCCCGAAGCUUGGCGUUGCAAAUGUGGGAAUAAGUUAUUCAUGCCUUGACACUCUCAAUCUCCCUCCCUUCCUCUCUCGCUCGUUCUCUGGACAGCUUGGGAGUUUUGCCGUGUAUCGAUCAGAGAAAGACGUACGUCGCCCGACGACUGACACGUGGCAGCUGGUUCGGUGGAUCCAGAGCGUCCAUUUAGUUGGUUUCUUCACGGAUCGCCUGUUGGUAGAAACCUGACCGGACAGAUUGCGGUUUUCAAACAGCCAGUCGAGUUAGGAAAUGGAUUCAAGAUGAGAAACCGAUGGCUUGGAGCAUUCGUUUCGUGGGAUUUUCAAACGAGCUCCAGGUCAAUACACGAGCAUGGACGGAUGUGAUCCACUUCUCAACGGCCACGUGUCAGGUUUCGGAUGAUGAUAUGCCGUCCUGAUCCAACGGAUCAGAGUCGACUUCCUCAUUCCUCUUCUCGUAUGUAUUUAUUUUCUGUGUACGUAUUUGUAUUUCUGAGAUUUUCCAAGACCAAUCCAUCUACACGCUACAAUCUGUGUGCCUACAUGAAGCACGUUUGCAAGAUCUAAUCCCUCCAUCGAGAGGGUCCCACAGGGUAGAUAACCCAUCCUCCGCUCAUCAGGUGGACUAAAGUGUUCGAAACAGAUAGAUAAUGGUCCCACAUUUUUAUAUUUUUUGGAAUAAUGUGGCUCAUACCAUGUGUAAUCCUGCCAAUAAAUUUUUUGUAAACGCCAUCAAGAAAGUGGGACCCAACUAGUGAACGGAUUAGAAUUUUGCACGUGUUUGUGGUUGGCACAUGCUGCGGCUGGUCGGGCAUGGAAAAUGUAAUUGAUGAGAAAAGAGGGUGUCUUUCAAUUUGUGUGUGUGUGUGUGUUUUUUUUUUUUCUUUUUCUUUUUCUUGCCUGGGUUUUUUUUGACGUUGAAAGUGUAGGGAGCUGAGAUCCUGUAAUUAUGAUGAGAAAGUGACGAGGCAAUAGAUAUGUGAUUCGCGUUCCUGUGGGCCA